CAGAGACCACCACAAUAUUAUUAUGUAAUCAUUUCCCUCACCCCGCGGUUCCCCGAGCGUUCAACUCGAACUUCAAAGCUUCACAGAUGGCGGCUGCGAAAAAAGCGGCAGAGUCGACUCUCUACCAUGUUCAUCCGAAAGGUUUUUGGAAGAAAUUUCGCGACGCUGUGGUCAUUAAUCCCGAAAUUUCGAGUGGUAUCCCAAUAGCAGGAAUCUACAGAUGGCCGCAGCCAGGUUCUAGACCAGAGAAAUAUUCAGCUCCAGCAACCAAAGCUUCCGACCCCGCUCAGAAUCCAUACUGGAAGAGAGAUGUUCGGAGGGCAUAUCCCCAACUUUCUGUGGUCACACAACCCGACCUAUCGUCACUUCUCAUCCAACACUCUGAAGCCCAGGCAAUUCCUGCACCCUCUGAAGUCAAGGAAGGAGAGAAAUCGGACGUUCCUACGAAAACUCAGGAGAUCAUGGAUUUGACAGGCGCCAUUGCUGCAAUCACAUCUGUGCGCAAGGUGUAUGACCAGUCAAAGCUCCCCCCGAAGGUGCCCACACCCUUCAAGAAGUGGAGAGCCGAGCUCGCACCGGACGCCCCUCAUGAUCCCAAUGCCUAUUUCCCAAUGUUGCUAUACAAGUAGUCGACUUUUGCAUUCUACUCGAGGAUUUUUUCCACUUCUUAUUGGCGAUAAAUCAAGCGACGACACUCCUAGAGACAACCAUCGUAUGUUCCGCGCCGUGGAUAGUCUUGAUUAUCGACCACAGCGGGUUGGAGAUGCUUUCGAUGUGAAUUGGGUAAAUUCCUUUGCACGGAGUGCACAGCAGGUUCUUCCCGCAAUGUUGUGCUUUUUGAUCGACUGAAGUUCCCCAGCAACACUUUCACGUAGCCAUUCACUGAACCAGGUGCGUUACUAAAUCGCUGUCCUGUGUGACGUUCGUCAUAGCAAUGUUCGGUGCUGUUUAAUCACUGUUUGGUUUACUUCUCCUGUUGAGCAUUUGCUAUAGCUCAC